AUGGGCUCGAGACGAGCAGCCGCGCACAACGGCCCAGCCGUCCAUCUAGACCCCAGCUCGCCAUCUCUGUACCUUUCCCCCAGCGAACACGCGCCGCCAAUCCCGACGCCGCUAUCCCUCGGCGCCUCCCUUGGCCCAACCAUCCCCGCGCUGCUCGUCUCCCUCUCCAUCCUCGCCGUCCUGCUCACGCUGCUGCUUCUCCUGAACCUCGGCCCGCCUCGCGUGUUGCGCCGUCGUCGCCCUGACCACAGCCACCAUCGACUCUCACGGCACGAAAUGGCCUCGCAGUCGCGGCAACGGGAACCCAGCCGCGGCCGCGACCCCCGCCGGCCCGGCUUCCGCGUCGCCAGCGACUUCUCGGUCCUGCCCACGACGGCGUAUACGCACCCUCUGGUCUCGAACUUCGCCGACCGUGUCGAUGGCAGCGAGGACGACGAUGACGCGAAUCGGCCGCUGCUCGGCCGCUGGCUCGACGCAACCGACGAUUACCCUGGGCUCGAGCUGGAUGAGGCGACCUGGCCGAGGCCCGAUGGACAGCGGGCGAGGACAGAGGUCCUGCACUGGCAUGGAACAAAUAUGCUCAAUACUUCGUGGGGAUGGAUGGCCUGA